UCAGUUGUUCUCUGUGUGGCACAUCUGUGUUUCCUUAGCUUCACCUGUAUGUUGUCACUAGAGUCUUUUUUACUCUUUUUCGGCAGCCCCUUUUGAGUAAUAUUAUACAGUAUAUAUUAUAUUGUGGAUAGUUUUUCCCUCCCGUUGGCUUCUUCCAGGAGAAUCAUGGCUAGAUGGCUGAAGUGGCUGUGGUACCACAGAAACUACAUCAUCAUCGUUGUCACUCCAAUUGCGCUCCUUCCUCUGCCACUCAUCAUCCCCACAUCGGAAGCCAGAUGUGGUUAUGUUAUCGUCCUCAUGGCUCUGUACUGGUGCACAGAGUGUAUACCUCUACCUGUGACGGCCCUGCUGCCAGUCGUCCUCUUCCCCAUGAUGGGCAUCAUGAAGGCUGGAGACGUCAGUAUUGAGUAUCUGAAAGAUUCCAACAUGCUGUUCAUCGGUGGCCUGUUGGUGGCCAUCGCAGUGGAGUACUGGAGCCUUCAUAAGCGCAUCGCCCUGCGGGUUCUGCUGGUGGUUGGCGUCCGUCCGGCCCUGUUGAUGCUGGGCUUCAUGAUCGUCUCGUCCCUCCUGUCCAUGUGGAUCAGCAACUCGGCCACCACAGCCAUGAUGCUGCCCAUAGCCCAGGCCGUGCUGGAGCAGCUGAAGGCCACAGAGGCUCUGGCGGACGAGCGAGAUUUGCGCGCUGCAGCCGUGGAGAACCCCGCGCUUGAGCUGGAGAGCAGACAAACUAGAGAGGAAAAGAUGGACGAGAAACAGCCAGAUAACAACGUCCAGCUGGAGAUGGGAGAGGAUGGCGAUGAGCGGAGGGCGGUCUCACUGCAGGAGUUCAAGAGGAAAGCAAGGGAGGUGAAGUACCAGCACCUGACCAAAGGGAUGAGUCUGUGUGUGUGUUACUCUGCCAGCAUCGGAGGCACGGCAACGCUCACCGGCACGACCCCAAACCUCAUCCUGAAGGGUCAGGUCGACGAGCUCUUCCCAGGGAAUGAUGAUGUCAUCAACUUUGCCAGCUGGUUUGUCUUCGCUUUUCCCAACGCGGUGCUCAUGCUGGUGUUUGCUUUUCUCUGGCUCCAGUUUACGUUUCUGGGCUUCAACUUGAAGAAGUCAUUUGGCUGCUGCCUGAAAAGCAACAAGGAUGAGGAGGCGUACAGGGUGAUGAGGCAGGAGUACAAUAAGCUGGGGGGCAUGACGUUCGCUGAGUGGGCCGUGCUCACCAUCUUCGCCCUGCUGAUAGGCCUCUGGUUCACCAGGGAGCCGGGCUUCAUUGACGGCUGGGCAACACUGCUCUUCAAUAAGGGAGGACCGUUUGUGUCCGAUGGAACCGUCGCUAUCUUAAUGUCGCUGCUGUUCUUCGUCAUCCCCUCCCAGAUGCCCAGGUGCGGAGGCUACGGCAACGACGGCGAAGGUAAGAUGGUAAAAGCUCCCCCAGCUCUGCUGCACUGGCAGGUAGUCCACGAGCGGAUGCCCUGGCACAUCAUCCUGCUGCUGGGAGGAGGCUUCGCUCUGGCUGCUGGAAGUGAGGAGUCCGGUCUGUCCAAGUGGCUGGGAGAAAGCCUGACACCUCUGCAGCAAAUUCCCCCCUACGCCAUCUCGUUGCUGCUCUGCAUGCUGGUGGCCACAUUCACAGAGUGCUCCAGCAACACAGCCACCACCACCCUGUUCCUGCCCAUCCUGGCCUCAAUGGCUGUAGCCAUUAAGAUACACCCGCUGUACGUGAUGAUUCCCUGCACCGUCGCUGCCAAUCUGGCCUUCAUGCUGCCCGUGGCCACACCGCCCAACGCCAUCGCCUUCGCUUUUGGAAAACUCAAAGUCAUGGACAUGGUUAAAAGCGGCUUUGUGCUGAACGUCAUUGGGAUUUUGACUGUUAAUAUAGGCAUCAACACCUGGGGACACACCUUGUUUGACUUGGGAACCAUACCUCAUUGGGCCAACAUUACCAAGAGAAAACCGUGAGUGGGGGAAGGCUGCAGAAGGAAUAUGGACAACUGGAAUGACACAGAAUAUAUUUUUAAAGAAACUCAUUUUUUUAGGGUUUUUGACUUACUUGUAAAAAUUUCUGUGUGUUCUGU